AUCUUUUAUUCGUCUUCACCUCCGCUCUUCCCUAUCCUUUCAUCUCUCUCUCCGCCGCUCCGUUCACUUCAAACCCUUCACCGGCGUUCGAAAACCCUAGGCCCUUUUUCUCCGAUGCGCUAUCAAUCGAUUAGGGUUUAGUUUCAUAGGAUCGUUAUUCUAUUCGAAUUUCUAUCUAUCUAUUUGUCUUGAUAAAGCCCUAGGUUUGGAAGGAAUGGCGAGUUCUACUACCAGCAAUGUUUACAUCCAUGUCAUCGAAGAUGUUAUCAGCAAGGUCCGUGAUGAGUUUAUCAACAACGGUGGUCCAGGAGAGAGCAUCCUCAAGGAACUCCAAGCAUUAUGGGAGGUGAAGAUGAUGAACGCUGGGGCAAUAUUGGGUACGAUUGAAAGGAAUUCAGCUGCCAAAGCGACCCCUGGAGGUCCAAUAACCCCUGUUCAUGACCUUAAUAUGCCUUAUGAAGGCAAUGAGGAGUAUGAAACUCCUACUGCGGAUAUACUGUUUCCUCCAACUCCAUUGCAGACUCCCUUGCCUGGUACAGCACAGACACCAUUACCUGGAACAGUGCAGACACCCCUCCCAGGAACUGCUCAAACACCUCUUCCUGGAACAGCUGAUAGCUCAAUGUAUAAUAUUCCUACAGGUGGCACUCCUUUUACACCUAGUGAUUACUCUCCUUUGAAUGAUACUGGUGGUGCAACUGAGCUGAAAGCCGGUCCAGGGAGACCUAGCCCAUUUAUGCAUCCACCCUCCCCUUGGUUGAAUCAAAGACCUCCCCUUGAUGUUAAUGUUGCUUAUGUUGAAGGCCGAGAAGAAGUUGGUGAUCGUGGAGGUUCUCAGCAACCCAUGACUCAGGACUUCUUUAUGAAUUCUGCUGGAAAGCGGAAAAGGGAAGAUUUUCCACCUCAAUAUCAUAAUGGGGGAUACAUACCUCAACAAGAUGGUGCUGCAGAUUCAAUAUAUGACAACUUAAAGAGUGGUGAAGGCAGCAAUAUUCAGCUUGAGUUGGUCACAGUUGGUCCUGUCCAGGCUUCUGCUUAUAGAAUUCCUCAAUUUGACGGUCCAAUUCCUGACUCUUAUGAUGAUGCACUUUCUACACCCAAUAUCUAUUAUCAAGGGGUGGUCAAUGAAGACUAUAAUAUAGUCAACACACCAGCACCAAAUGAUAUGCAAGCACCUACUCCUGCUCCUGCCCUUCAGAAUGAUGAUAUUGAUGAUGAUGACGAGCCCUUGAAUGAAGAUGACGACGAUGAUUUGGAUGAUGUGGACCAAGGGGAGGAUCUAAACACAGCACAUCUUGUUUUGGCUCAGUUUGACAAGGUGACACGUACAAAGAGCAGGUGGAAAUGCACUCUUAAGGAUGGCAUAAUGCACAUAAAUAAUAAAGACAUUCUUUUCAAUAAGGCAAAUGGAGAGUUUGACUUCUGAAGCAGUUGAACGAAAACCUAAUGCAACAUUAAGGAGCUCAAAUUGGGAGUCAAUCAAGCUGAUUUACUUGUUUUGUUGAUGGUAUUUCAGUGAAAGUAAAAACUGGAGGAGACGAAGUUGCCUACUGCUUCUUUCGUGGAUAAGUUUUUUGGUUGGCCAAGUGUUGUAACACUUUUGGAACAUCUUGGUUAAUUUUUAAUACUAGUGGAAUAUUUCUUUUUCUCUUAUUUAUGUAAUUUUAGUUGAACUGAGCUCAUGAAACCCCUUUUGGGUUAUUACCAUGACUGUGUGCUCCUUGGAUCAGCUGUGUUAAUAUAAAUUCCCAAUUUGCUUGUUAGGUAUU